UCGCGAGGCACACCUCCUCUUUUGUUCCGCCUUCCACCGCGAAAUGUUCAUCGAGAUCCGUUCGUCCACUCAUUUGCAUUCGAAUGAGCGAGUCACCUUCUCGGACUCACAAUCUGGGGAAAAAAUCGAGGGGACGGACAGUACCCUCGACGUACGUACACUCUCGAAGAUCCCCGCGUUCGAAUUGCGCGCGCGACGCGCCGCCAUGACACUUAUCUCGACGCCGCGAGCCGGGAUGAGUGGGGGGAACGGCGAAAUCGGGCUGCUGAACGAGCGAAACGCGCGACGUGCGUGACGUCAUCGUCAAUGGCCGCCGCCGUGUCGCCUGUGUAUGUAACGGAGCGCGGUCCUCACGGUCGCGGGGGCCCACGUCGCCGAUAGCUGGCUUUUUUUUCCUCCCUCUUCUGGUUUCGUUUCACGAGGAACUGUGGCUGAGCACGUGCAGCAAGACAUGGGUUCGAAGAAGCACAAAAAGCACAAACGCGAGCGGCACGAAGGAACUGUUUUGACUUCGUUUUCACCACGGACAAACUGAGAGUAAGAGAGGUUGGAGUAGAAGUGAGGUGGAGAUUCAAAAGUAUAAACCGGGCCGUGUUCCACAGCAACUGGUGCGCGACGUGGAAAGGGUCAGUACACAACGACGGACAAGCCACCUAGUUUGAAGUUAAUUUUGAAGGUAGGGGGUAGUAGUGGAACGCCCGAGCACGGCAGCGAGUCGCCGAGCCAGGCCGCGAUGUUGUCGCAGUACCAGCAACAGCUGGGCCUCAACUACUCCGUCAGCCAGGGCGAUGCAGAAUACGACAGAUAUGUCGGUCACAAGAAGCUCAAGAAGAAGAAGAAGAAGAAAGACAAACGUCACAAACAUCACCAUAAGGAUAAGAAACGACGGAGAGAGGAGUCGAGUCAGGAAUCGGUCGGCGAUGCUGAUGAGAACCUGGCUGAGCCGGCGCCUAAGAAGGCUUGUACCAAUCACAAUCAACUGUUGCCACCCAGGCCGCCGUCCAGCGGUGAAUUGAGAGUCGGUAGCGUUAGCAAUGUGAGCUCACUGUCGCCGCAUCGAGAACCUAGGACAUGCGUUCUCAGGAAGAUAGCGGAACGCACGCCACUUCAAAGGUUAUUGGAGCACCUGUUGCGAUCGAUGGAAAAGCGGGAUCCGCAGCAGUUCUUUGCCUGGCCGGUUACGGACAGCAUUGCACCUGGUUAUUCACAGAUAAUCACGAAUCCGAUGGAUUUCAGCACGAUAAAGCAAAAGAUAGACGACAAUAAUUAUCAGAAUUUGCAAGAGUUCGUGGACGAUUUCAAGCUCAUGUGCGACAACGCCAUGACGUAUAAUCAUCCCGACACCAUUUACUAUAAGGCAGCGAAGAAAUUGCUGCACGUUGGUCUGAAGAUGGUCAUGCCGGAGAAGUUGCGACAGCUCAGACCAGUCCUGAUGUACAUGAACGACAUUACGAAGGAGGAGCUCGGAUUCGAGUUGGGCAACGAAGAUCUCAAUAAUUCGGAUGCCCCCGUGACCGAGGAGCAGAUAGAGCGUGAGCGCGAGCAGGAGGAGCGUAACGAGGAGGCGGAGGAACUCAGAAAGGAGAAUCAAAGAAAAAUGAGACUAGCUAGUUUAGGUAAGUUUGAAGCGAUACCGGACGACUUGACGCCAGAGGAGAUACUGAAGCAGGCCAAAGGUGCGGCCAAAACAGCGGCAGAGAAGCUCAGUCUGAAGAGGAUCAACUCGAAGAUGGGUUUCCUGCGGCAGAAGAAGGACGGUACUACUAGCCUACAGAUUAUCGUACCCGGGGACGGGAUUAUUCCCGGCACCAAUCAGAGACCUGUGUCGCUGGGGCAGUUAAUAGGCAAAUUGAAUCACGGUACUGGUGCGUUGGCCGGAUUCCGGGAGGAUCGUAGGAACAUGUCGAAACCGGUGAAACCUCUCUAUUACGGUGCGUUCGGCUCAUACGCGCCGAGUUACGACUCUACGUUCGCGAAUCUUACCAAGGAGGAAACCGACCUAGUCUAUCAAACUUACGGUGACGAGACUGCCGUGCAAUACGCUGAAUCGAUUCUGGACUUCGCUAAAGACUGUGAUUACACGUUGACCAUGGUCGACGAUUUGUUGGAUAUUAUCACGAAUGGCGAACAUAGGAAGACGAAAAAAUUCAUCGAAGAAAAACGAAAAUUAAAGGAGGAGGAAGAAAAGAUUAAACAUUUAUUGGAGAAGCCUAUACAGGACUUGAAUCGUAAUAUUCCGUUGCUGGACAACGUCAAGGUUGAUAUUGAGCAGCUGAAGACCUUGUCGGAUCUUGGUAUCGACAUAAACUUCUUAGAGAAUUUAGAAGAAGAAUUGAAGUGCAGUGAGGAACGCGCUACGCUACAAAGCCGCCUUGACGACACCUCGCAGAUGUUGGGUCGGCUAAAGCAGGUUCAACAUGAGCGUUUAUCUGCACCACCGCCGGCUCAUCUAUCCAACGUUCCUAAGGCGGCGGAUGCGGAGGUGAUACUGGCCGAGAAGAUCACCGAUAAUCUCACAGAUAUAGCGAAAAAACUGCCACCGUCAGGGAUCGCGCCGGUCGACGGCUUACGUAGAGCAAUGGGCAUAGCACCUCUGGGCGGACCGGAGCCUAUGGAGGUUGAGCCGAUCACACAUAACCCUUCUAUAGUCACCGACAGUUCGUUACUGCCGAAUCCGAAUAGCGGCAGCAAUCAGGUGUUAUCGAACUUGCUGCCGACUUCCUCGCCAAUUCAGAACGCGACUCUACUGAGUCCGACCGGUCAGCAGAAUCAGAGUAUUAGUAUCGUGGGCGCGAAUCAGCCACCGUCGUCGAUUCAGAUGCAAAUAGGUAUGACGCACGCCAGUCAGACGCCACCUCUACUGAGCGCAACGGAACCGUCCGGCGUGACUGAUCUCGAGUCUGAAUUACGCGAAUUCCUGGAGAGCGAUCCUACACUUGGGCACUCGCCACUCCAUGACGACAAAACUCUGGAAGACAUUCUGUCUGAAUCUUAGUGCGCGUACGCGCGCGAUAAUCGGACUGUUCCAUAACUUACAUAAUUUAUAAAUAAGUAUAUAAAUUAUAAAUAUAUACAGAAUUCUGUACAUUUUAUUAUUAAGCUACUUUCGCAUGUAAGUAAUAAAUUGGAUCAUAGUCCUAUGUCUGAUUCUUUAAUCACAGUAUUUUAUGAUCUUUUGUCUUUUCUUCUUUUAUAAUGCGAAAGAAACGUUAUUAAAGUCAAGAUAUAAAUGAAAGAAUAUAUUAAAGGGAGUUUUAAAUGAUUGUUUAACGAAUGUCGGCGAUAAUGUAAACAUGGGUCCGAUUUUUGAAUUCGUACGAAAAAAUUUCGCAUAUGAAAGUAACACUAUGCGUUUACUGAUUGAUAUAAGUAUAUCUUUUAGAUUUCAAGUAUCUCAAUCGGUGAACGCGCAGCGUUAUUUUCGUUAUACGAAAAUUUUCGUACGAGUUCAAGAAUCGGGCUCCACGUCUUGAUAUCAAAAGUAAAAAAAUUCAUGGAAAUAUUUAACGAAGAAUUGUAAAUAAUUUUUGAUAAUAUUUUUUAUGUGAUUCUGUAAAGUGUAUAAAUAUAAAUUUCCUUUGAUUUCUAA